ACGUGAUUGCACCAUGUGCUGGGAGUUUUGAAUUGUAUUUAUAGUUUCUAAUUUAUAAAAUAAAGUUUCAUUAUAAGAAGAUUAAAAUGUUAUUGCUGCUAUUUAUAUAAUAUUUUUGGAUUAUGCCAACAAGUAUAUAUUUGAUGUCAUCUAAAUUGUUAAAUAUGGCAGAAAAUACCUUACCUGCAUUAUAUCCUUUAUGGCAUACAUCAACAUUUAGUAAUCACUUGUGUGCUUUUUGUGUUAUGGACUUCAGUUUAAUUCCUGACCAUGGAGGCACUGGAGUAGAUGUACAUUUUGAAUCUGAAUCAUUAAAUAGGGAAAAUAAUUGUUUAUUGUCUGUUUUAAAACAUGAAAAUACUAAAAACUUUGUGUCAGAAAAAUGUUCACUUCCCUUUACCCCUCCAAAUAUGUUAGAAGAGUUAUUUGAUCCUUGCUGUGAACAGCUGUGUCAGUUACACAGGCAAGAGAAACAAUUUUAUAAUAGUUUAUUUCGUACUGUACACAGUAAGAGCAAGGCCAGCAAAAAGUUUUAUCUUAAUUUUGAGAAACAGUUAUCUAGAUCCAGUAUAAAACAGGAAGAAAUUGUAGUACCAAAAUCAUUAUAUGAGAUGGCAGAAAUUAUGCCUGAAAAAUUACCUGUUCCCAAAGAAAACUGGCUCUAUUCUGGAGGAUGUCUCAGUUGUGUUAAAUGUGUAAAUAUAAAUGAUGAUAUGCCAUUACUAAUAUAUCCAGGAGGAAAACAUCUAAAUGAAGUUAUGAUAACAGAACUCAGUAGAAACUUAGAUAAUGAUAAAUUUUUUAAUUAUUCAACUAAAGAAAAGAUUAAAGUUAAUAAUAAUAUAUGUCAAAUAUAUUCACAAGCAUUCUCAGAAAAAAUUUUAUGUUCUGUACGAGAAAAAGAACGUUGCAAUUUUUUAUCAAUAACUUCAGAUUGUGCAAGUAUUGAUUCUGUUUUUAAAAUAAUAGAUGAUAAAUUGGCUUAUUGUUGCUUAAGUCCCUAUAUAAUGGGUGAAUAUGCAUUAUGUACUCAAAAAGGACAUUUAAUAAUUAGGAAUUUUGAUAAUGAUAAAACAUUGUGGGAUUCGGAAUGUAAUGAUAAUAUUAAGAUUCAAAUGGAAAGAUUGGAUUCCUGGCAAGGGUGCUACUUUGGAUCACAUCCACGUUGUAUAUCUUAUUCUAAUAGUACUACAGUUUGUCUUGCUGAUAUAAGAAGCAAACAUUCCAAAUGUUUGGAAUUGUUUCCAAUUAAAAGUUUUUUUCUUUUAUCAAAAGAAGAAAUUACUUUUUCCAGACUAAACAUACAUCAAUCUUUUCAUCACUAUGUAGCAACUACAAAUCAUUUAGUAUUAAUUGAUGAACGUUUUCCUAAAAAACCUAUUUUGAUAUGGAAUCAUCUUUUAGAUUCUUCUCCAAUGUAUUGUGAUAUACAAAAAAUUGAUGAUUCUAGAAUUCAAUUAUUAUUAGGUUCACAUCUCCCACAACAAAUUUGUUGUUUUCAAGUAAGUUCUUCCAAUCAAAUACAGCCAAUUUCAGAUAUGUCUCCUUGGCAUCUUUCAAAACCAAAAGAUAUAGUCAAAUAUUUAAAAUUUAGAGAAAAGAUCUGUGACGAUACAGUUUUGCAACGGCUCUCGAUGCCUUUAAUCGGAACUUGUAGUACAAUACAUGAUAAUGGGUUUGUGACUUUUCAACUAUCAUCUGUAGGUGAUAUAUUUUAUCAAGACUAUUUUUGGAAUCUAAAGGAGAAAAAAGAACAGCAAUUUGAUUCUAGUUGUGAAUUUACAGGUCCAUUUGAAAUGUCUGAUAUUGAUUGGUGGAUAAAAGAAGCAUCAUUAAAUGAAAUUCCUAAUGCAAAAUGUGAUUCAUCCUGGGAACCAUUUUCAGUAGUUGAUUGCUCUGAACAGAUGAAUGAUAUUAUUGAUAAUUGUAUUUCUUCAAAACAUUGCAAAUUCUGUAGUCAUAUUAAAAGUACAACAUUCAGUAAUGAAGAAAUAUGUCCAUCCUGUAAUAUAUGUACAGAAGAUAGUAAAUCUAUAUUUACUUCCUUUGAUGAUAAAACAGUUAUCAAAAAAUUACCUUCAUUGUGCAAUAAACAAUUUUCAUUUAAAUGUAAAAUUCCCCCUUAUGAAGAAAUGGAUUCUUUAUCUAAAGAUAUGUAUGAUGUAUGGUUCAAAGAAACUACAGUUCCUAUUAGAAAUGAAGUUGAAGCUGAUUCUAAUUUAAAUUAUAACAUUUCUUGUGAUAAUAACAGUUAUAAUAGUAAUCUUUUGAAUGAAAGUAUGAUUAAUAAUGAUGAAAUGGAAGAUAUAAUUCCUCCUAGUCAAGAAAUUUCAACAGUUGGUGGUGAAAGAAUUAAGAUACGAUCACAAAAAGUUUCUUUUGUAGCAGGUUUUUAAAUAAUAAUAGUGAGACAAGGCGAUUUAAAAUAAAGUAUUUUAUAUUUUUAA